CGCGGGUUUUCUGUCCGCAUCCACAUGAUUGUAACAUUUAAGAAAGGACUGAGCAAAUACUCUCCACUCUGGCUCGCUCUCUGUCUCUCAAGUCUGAACCAUGGAAACCCACUGUGGCGAAUGCGACGCUGAUCCUCUCGCGAUGGAAACCGAAGAAGAGCCACGGCCAAAAGAGCCUCCCAGAAUCCACCGCCUGGACGAGUCCGUGGUCAACCGCAUCGCGGCCGGGGAGGUGAUCCAACGGCCAGUAUCUGCCGUCAAGGAGCUGGUGGAGAAUAGCAUCGACGCCCACUCCACCUCCAUAAGCGUCGUCGUCAAGGACGGCGGCCUCAAACUCAUUCAAGUCUCUGACGACGGCCACGGCAUCCGAUACGAGGACUUGCCAAUCCUAUGCGAAAGGCACACGACGUCAAAGCUGUCUACUUUUGAGGAUUUACAAUCGAUAAAGUCAAUGGGGUUCAGAGGAGAGGCUUUGGCAAGCAUGACCUACGUUGGUCAUGUUACGGUCACAACCAUCACCAAAGGGGAGUUGCAUGGUUACAGAGUAUCUUAUAGAGAUGGUGUCAUGGAGCAUGAACCGAAAGCGUGCGCUGCUGUAAAAGGAACUCAGAUAAUGGUUGAGAAUCUUUUCUAUAACAUGAUUGCUCGGAGGAAGACACUUCAAAAUUCUUCUGAUGAUUAUUCAAAGAUUGUAGACUUGCUAAGCCGGUUUGCCGUUCAUCACAUACAUGUGGGAUUCUCAUGCCGAAAGCACGGAGCUUCCAGAGCAGAUGUCCAUACAGUUGCUACAUCAUCAAGGCUUGAUGCUAUUCGAUCUGUUUAUGGGGUGUCAGUUGCUCGAUCUCUUAUCAAAAUAGAAAUUUCAGACAAUAAUCCAUCUACUUCAGUUUUCAAGAUGGAUGGUUUCAUCUCAGAUUCAAAUUAUGUUGCAAAGAAGAUAACAAUGGUGCUUUUUAUCAAUGAUAGAUUGGUAGAAUGCACUACUUUGAAGAGAGCUAUUGAAAUUGUUUAUGCUGCAACCUUGCCCAAAGCAUCGAAACCCUUCAUAUAUAUGUCUGUUGUAUUGCCACCUGAACAUGUUGAUGUGAAUGUGCACCCAACAAAGAGAGAGGUAAGCCUUUUAAAUCAGGAAGUUAUUAUUGAGAAGAUACAGUCGCUAGUUGAAUCAAAAUUGAGAAACUCCAAUGAGGCAAGAACAUUUCAAGAACAGAAAGUAGAACCAUCUCCAUAUGAUAAAAUGGCUUUGGACAAGGAGUCUAAUUUCAGCCCCCCACCUUCUGGAUCAAAAUCACAAAAAGUUCCAGUGCAUAAAAUGGUCAGAACAGAUUCAUCGGAUCCUGCUGGAAGGUUACAUGCCUACUUGCAAGCUAAGCCUUGUGGACCACUUGAAAAGAAUCAUAGUUUGGCUGCUGUGAGGUCUUCUGUUAGACAAAGAAGGAACCCGAAGGAGACCGCAGAUAUUACAAGCGUUCAGGAGCUUAUUGAAGAAAUCGAUUGCAAUUAUCAUUCUGGUCUGCUGGAUGUUGUAAGACACUGCACAUAUAUUGGAAUGGCAGAUGACGACUUUGCAUUGCUUCAGCAUGACACUCAUCUCUAUCUUGUAAAUGUGGUGAACUUGAGCAAAGAGCUCAUGUACCAACAAGUUCUGCGCCGGUUUGCCCAUUUUAAUGCUAUACAAUUAAGUGAGCCGGCUCCACUAUCUGAGUUGCUUAUGUUGGCACUGAAAGAAGAAAAUUUAGAUCCAGAAGGCCAUGAGAACAAUGACCUAAUAGAAAAAAUUGCAGAGAUGAAUACCGAGUUGCUCAAGCAAAAGACGGAAAUGUUAGAGGAGUAUUUCUGCAUUCAUAUUGAUAAACAUGGGAAUUUGUCUAGACUUCCAGUCAUACUUGACCAGUACACACCUGACAUUGAUCGCCUCCCAGAAUUCGUACUUUGUUUGGGCAAUGAUGUUGACUGGGAGGAUGAAAAAAAUUGCUUCCAAUCAGUUUCAGCUGCUCUUGGAAACUUCUAUGCUAUGCAUCCUCCUAUGUUACCCAACCCAUCAGGUGAUGGUUUGCAGUUCUACAAAAAGAGAAAACCUCUCGGGAAUCUUGAAGAUGAAGGAAAAACCUCUGACGACAUAGGGGAUGACGGCUUAAUGGAGAAUGAGAUCGAGCAUGAACUACUUUCAGAGGCAGAGACUGCAUGGGCCCAGCGUGAAUGGUCAAUCCAGCAUGUCUUGUUUCCAUCCAUUAGACUCUUUUUCAAGCCACCUACUUCAAUGGCUUCAAAUGGAACCUUUGUCCGGGUAGCCUCAUUGGAGAAGCUUUACAAGAUCUUUGAAAGAUGCUAACGAUAAUAGUUCUGGUAAGAUCAAAGUUGGAGAAUCAUGGGCUAUUACAGGAGGCUGCUGCUGCUCUCAGUGACAGUCUAAUUCAGUCUAUUAAAUUUUAGCUUGCUUUUUUGUCUUCUUUUUUGUUGUUGUUGUAAUCUUGCUUUGUAAAUGGUUUUUGGUAACCCGUGGUCCACUGUGUAGUGUGUAUCGGGUUUCUUUGUAAGCUUUGUAUAGCUUUUUGUAACUACAAUUUUGGGACCCACAAAUAAUGCAUCAUGUUCACUGGUGUUCGGAUUAGAUUCGAUUUUAUAGAUCUAAUGCUGUAUAUUCUGGUUCGUCAUUUUAAAUGACGUGAUACUA